AUGCCAGGGAUCCACGACCGAAUCCGCGAGGAGCUUUACAACAAGGAGCGUGCGCUCUGGACGGCGCUUACCUCAGCCGACCCUGCCCCGGCCGUUCGAAAGCUAUGCAAUGAAGAUGCCAACUUGAUGUUCCCCAAGAUGGGAAUCAUUACACUUGAGGAUGAUGAACAGUUCAAAGAUGCUUUGAAACCACCUUUUCACCGGUUCGACGGAUACCAACUGGAUGAAGUGCGAACCAUCGUCAUUGAUCUCAUGGCCGGUGUUGUGACCUGUAAGAUUCACGCGGUUAGAGGGAACAAGCAAUAUAAAGCCACAUCAUCGACAACUUGGAGUCAAGCAUCAGACGGGGAGUGGCGCGUUUCAUGCCACCAAGAGACCUUGGCAUAA